CCCGCUGCUCUGGUGGCAAUCGGUAGGUGAAGUAGUCCUUUCACGGCCUUUGGCUCUAAGGUACAGCUGCCCCAUGGACCCCCAGAGUAACCCCUGUCAUUGUCACGGCAAUCUCAAGUUUGUAUUUCUCUUUCUUCCCUCUCCUCACAUUCAGUGGCAAGCUGAGGAGGUGGUGACCCAAGCCCGGCUGGAGGGCCACCGCUCCAUGAACCCAUGUCCCUUGUAUGACAAGCACACAAGGACCCUCUUCCUUUUCUUCAUCGCCGUCCCUGGGCAUGUAUCAGAACACCACCAGCUCCAGACCAGGGUUAAUGUCACACGCCUGUUUCACAUCACCAGUACCGACCAUGGGAAGACCUGGAGCCCCGUCCAGGACCUCACAGAUACCGCCAUUGGCAGCACCCACCAGGACUGGGCCACAUUUGGUGUGGGUCCUGGGCACUGUCUGCAGCUGCGAAACACAACCGGGAGCCUGCUGGUGCCUGCUUACGCCUACCGAAAACUACACCCUAUCCACGCGCCUGCCCCCUCUGCCUUCUGCUUCCUCAGCCACGACCACGGGCACACGUGGGAGCUAGGCCACUUUGUGUCCCAGAACUCACUGGAGUGCCAGGUGGCUGAGGUUGGCACUGGAGCUCGGAGGGUGGUCUAUCUCAAUGCUAGGAGCACCCUGGGAGCCAGGGUCCAGGCACAAAGUCCUAACGGUGGCCUGGAUUUCCAGGACAACCAGGUAGUGAGUAAACUUGUGGAGCCUCCCAAAGGCUGCCAAGGAAGUGUGACUGCCUUCCCCAACCCCACCUCAGGGGCAGAUGCCUUAGAUGUGUGGCUGCUGUAUACCCACCCGACGAACUCCUUACAGAGGACCAACCUGGGUGUGUACCUCAACCAGAAGCCACUGGACCCCAAGGCCUGGUCAGAGCCCACUCUGCUGGCCACAGGCACCUGUGCCUACUCGGACUUGCAGAAUAUGGGGCAUGGCCCUGAUGGCUCCCCACAGUUUGGGUGUCUGUAUGAAUCAGAUAACUAUGAAGAGAUCAUUUUCCUCAUGUUUACCCUGAAGCAAGCUUUCCCACAAGUUUUUGGUGCCCAGUGAUCUUGCUGCAUAUGGCCCAAAGUGCUCCUGUGUGCCUCAAAAUACUCACCUCUCUUUCCUUCCAGCUUCCUCUAGACUUUUGAAUCCAGCUCUUGGUCCCCUUCCUUGUGAGUAUGCAGAGAGCUUGGUCUCUUGGUUCUUCACAGGCUUUGCUGUUCCAGCCUCCUCAGUGGGUUCUGAUCCCAGCCCAGAAAGCAAAGGAGCUGACUUUCUCCCGCCUCUUGACAGGGAAGGUGGUACAGCAUACUCACUCUGUCACUCUGCAUGUCAGCUGUCACUGGGCCAGCUUAGCUCGCCCGUCUCCCCACUCCUGGUUUUUUUUUUUGGAUGAG